AUGCCUCGUGUCACAGUGGGCGAGCCGACCUCAGGGGCUCUCUACUCUCCCGGAUCUGCGUCUAGCACAGAGGACCUAGAACUAGCAGAGCUUGGGGAAGAAAUUCCCCAGAAGCACACCUUGCUCAAGCUUUCAGGCUUGCUCCUGCUCACGUCUCCUAGUCUAGGCCUUCAAGUGUGUUGGUUUCUUUUGACUUCGAGCGGCACUCCCUACUUGAUCUCGCUAGGCAUUCCCAAAUCCAUUAUAUCCUUGGUAUGGGUCACCGGUCCUAUAUCUGGCGCCUUUGCGCAGCCUAUUCUCGGUGUGUUCAGCGACGAUUCACAACACGCCUGGGGUAGAAGGAAGCCAUUCAUCGUAGGAGGUUCGCUAUGCGCAACUAUCUUUCUGCUAGCAUUGGCGUACUCAGAGGAACUCACAGCUUGGGCAUGGAGUUCCAGUGUUGAUCGUUCCGCCAGCUCGGCGCACCUACCGACGCAGAUUCUUGCAGUCUUCUCAGUCGUUGUCACUACUUUUGCACUGCAGGCAUACGCAGUCGGCGUCAGGGCUCUGAUAGUAGAUAACACCCCUCCCAGUCAACACGAUGACCGUUUCAAGUUACUCGCCGUUGUGGUUGCAGCUUGUACCUUCACGACAGUCGGUCUCACGUGCUUUUUCAUUACUGACCAGAACGUCGCACCUUUGCGUGACCGCCAGCCCUCUUUUGCGCAACAGUCAUGGUCCAUCAUCUCACCGACAGGGCUAGCCAAGCGGUGGAAACAAAUCCCUCCACGCAGCCGCCGGGUUUGCGAGAUCCAAUUCUGGGCGUGGGCAGGAUGGUUUCCUGUUUUAUACUACAUGUCAACGUUCGCUUAUGAGACAGCCCUUUCUGACAAACUCGAGCAAAGGCAAAGGCAAUUUGGGGAACCAGAUCUAGAACUCAUCGAAAGUGCAAAGGACUUUGGUUUCUUUGCCUCUUUUGCUUUCGCACUAGGAGCAUUCGCUGCGAGUAUUUUGCUUCAGAUACUUGACCGCUACAAGCCGGCCCUCUCUCACAACCUUCCCAGAGUCUGGUUUGCUUCGCAGUGCUUCUUGGGAUACUGCAUGCAUCUCACCUUUGUCGCACGCAGCGGAGCCACGGCGGCCAUCGUUGUCGCCAUGAUGGGAUCCACGGCUGCCGUAACGAUGUGGGCUCCAUUUGCCUUGAUCAGCGCAGAGAUCUCUAAGCUAUCCGUUGGAAAGUGUCAAUAG